CUCCAGUGUUGGGUCUCAGUUUAUCUAUGGUUGGAGUUUUUGUUCAGCAGUAUGUUUGUUAAUCAUUUCUGCAACUGGGUCUAUGUUGAGCCUCCGUCAUGGUUCCAAGCAGUGAUGGCCCCAACUUCCUCAGGAAACCAGCUGCACAACAGUCCGCUGUGCCUGGCAGGGAGGGGCAUGGGCCCCCUGGCUGCAAGAAUGUACAGAUUUUACUGAUCUCAGCUGCUUCACAUGUUUGAGACUGUUCUAUUAUGUGUGUCUGAACUCAGAUUUCCAUGAGGUGUCUGUAACAAACAGUUCCUGGCUAUCUACCAGCUACCCCAGAGGAGUAACUAAAACCCACACCUCACCACUUUGUCUUCUUGCCCUGUCUCUGCCCUUUAUUUUUAAUUACACCCUUACUCCAGUGAAUUCCAUGUUUUUGUCCAUAGAGAUCUGGUGUGUCUGAUUUUCUGCUGUACCUCCAGGAUCCAGAAAUUUCCUGGUAAAAAGAAUUGAGUCAAAAGUACUUAUCGAAGGAACAAAGGAAAUGUGUUUUCAACAUUUUAUGAGGUUUACAUUUUUAAUUGAAAAAUGUAAUUGAAGUAAACAUGGUGUGUCCCAUAGAAUGAAGCCUUGUGUAGUUUAUCUCUGUAAUCAGGGUGUGUCCCUUCUAAUGUAGCACUGAUUAGGUUUAUUAGUUUUUUGUUCCCUAUAUAAAAGGAAGACACAAUGGAGGUGGCAUUUCACCAGAGAAAAGGCAGCUGAACAGUGGAGGACCUGGUAGAAGAGCAAAGUGCUUCUGUCCUAUAGAACCUGCUUCAGAAUCUAGCUGAUCUCAUUUUCUCCUUCACUUUUGGUUCUGCACUGGAUGCUUAGUGCUUGGACUGUCUGAGAUUGAAACUCCUGAGGAAGACGGUUGGUGGUGGAAUUACUGACAAUGCAACCACUGGAAUCAGUGACCUUCAAUGAUGUAGCUAUAAACUUUACCAGGGAAGAGUGGGCCUUGCUGGACACAACCCAGAGAAAGCUGUUCAGAGAUGUUAUGCUGGAGAAUAUUAAUCAUCUGUUGUUCAUGGGGUAUCAGCUCUGCAAUUCAGAAGUGCUUUCCCAGUGGGAACAAGGAGAAGAACUGUGGAGCGAAGGAUUAAGAUUUCUCCAAGGACAGAGUCCAGAAAGAGAAAAUGACUAUAAAAAAGAAGAAAUGAUAACCGUGCAACAUAUCUGUAAGAAGGAUACAUCUACCAUCCAUUUAGAGCAGAUUUCUAACACUGGAGAGUAUCUUCUUGAAAGUCAUGAUUUGGGCGAGGAUUCUAUUCACUCCACAUUGACUGACAUGGGAAAGAAACCAUAUGUGAAUGAACAGUUUCGAAAAGCUCUCAAUUAUCAGUCAUUCUUUGGACAACAUAAGCAAAUUCAUACUGGAUGUAAGUCAUAUGACUGUCAUCUAUGUGGAAAAUUCUUCAGAAGUAGUUCUGUCCUUAGACAACAAGAGAAAAUGCAUGCUGGAGAGAAGCAGUAUGGUUGCCAUCUAUGUGGGAAACACUUCACUGGUAAUUCUACCCUCAGGCAACAUGAGAGAACUCACACUGGGGAGAAGCCGUAUGUCUGCCAUCUAUGUGGGAAAUCCUUUAGUCUAUGUAGUAAUCUUAAGCAACAUGAGAGAACUCACACGGGAGAGAAACCAUAUGUCUGCCAUCUAUGUGGGAAAUCCUUCAGUCAAAGUUCUCACCUUAGGCAACAUGAAAGAACUCACACUGUGGAGAAACCAUAUGCCUGCCAUCUAUGUGGGAAAUCCUUCAAUCGAUGUGGUAACCUUAGGCAACAUGAGAGAACUCACACAGGGGAGAAACCACAUGUCUGCCACCUAUGUGGGAAAGACUUCACUGAUAGUUAUACGCUCAGACGACAUCAGAGGACUCACACUGGGGAGAAACCAUAUGUCUGCCAUCUGUGUGGGAAAGAAUUCACUGAUAGUUCUACCCUCAGACGACAUCAGAGAACUCACACAGGAGAGAAACCUUAUGUCUGCCAUCUAUGUGGGAAAGAUUUUACUGAUAGUUUUACACUCAGACGACAUCAGAGAACUCACACUGGGGAGAAGCCAUAUUUCUGCCAUCUGUGUGGGAAAUCCUUCAGUCAAUAUGGUAGCCUUAGGAAACAUGAGAGAACUCACACUGGGGAGAAACCGUAUGUCUGCCUUCUGUGUGGGAAUUCCUUCAGUCAAAGUUCUCACCUUAGGCAACAUGAAAGAACUCACACUGUGGAGAAACCAUAUGCCUGCCAUCUAUGUGGGAAAUCCUUCAAUCGAUGUGGUAACCUUAGGCAACAUGAGAGAACUCACACAGGGGAGAAACCACAUGUCUGUCACCUAUGUGGGAAAGACUUCACUGAUAGUUACACUCUCAGACGACAUCAGAGGACUCACACUGGGGAGAAACCAUAUAUCUGCCAUCUAUGUGGGAAAGAUUUCACUGAUAGUUCUACCCUCAGACGACAUCAGAGAAUUCACACAGGGGAGAAAUCAUACGUCUGACAUCUGUUUGGGAAAGAUUUCACUGAUCUACACUCAGAUGACAUCAGAGAACCCACACUAGGGAGAAGCCAUAUUUCUGCUAUCUGUGUGGGAAAUCCUUCAGUCCAUAUGGUAACCUUAGGCAACAUGAGAGCACUGACACUGGGGAGAAACCAUAUGUCUGUCUGCUUUGUGGAAAUUCCUUCAAAGUUCUCACCUUAGGCAACUUGACAGAACUCACACUGUGGAGACAUCAUAUGCCUGCCAUCUAUGUGGGAAAGAUUUCACUGAUAGUGCUACCUUCAGAUAACAUGAGGUAACUAACACUGGGGAGAAAAUGUAUCUGACAUCUAUGGGGGAAACCUUUAGACAUUAUUUUGCUAUUAGAGAGCAUCAGAGAACCACUAAAUAUGUUCUGCAUAAUCAAGUGUCUUCAGCCACAGCUAUAACCUUUAAAAAAAUGAAAGAACUCACACAGGAGUGUAAUUCUCUAUCAGUGUAAUAAAUAUGUAAAUGUAUUUAUAAUCUAUCCCUAAAAAAUAUGAUUUUACUAUGUUGGGAGGAACCCUAUGUCUGUGAUUACCUGUAAUAGAUUUCCUCUGAGUUUCAGCCUUGGGUGUACAAGUAUAGCUCAGAGUUGGAAAAACUCCUAAACCAGAAGACUGGAUAGGAAAGUCUUUUCCAGGAGGAGAAAACUCUAGAACAAGCGAUAAUUUUGAUGGAACAGAUACUCAAUGAAAAAAUGUGAGAAAUCCUUUACUUACAAUGUGUGAAAUAUAUGUGGUUUCAUAUUAUAUAAAACCAGAUGGCAUGAAGCCUGCUGAGGAUGCAAUGCUGACAUCACCAAAAUGAAUGACAAGCUGUAACCACAUGACCUUUCAGAAUGGCUAUGGAUUUUGUUGUUUUGUCUGAAAAAGAUCUGAGACUUCUAUUACCUCAGCCUCACUGGCUGCUCCUUUGAGGCAAGAAGCCAGGGAUUUAGAUGAAGAUUUUUUGGUGGGCACUGGGCACAUUGAUUGUUGCCCCAGUGGGAGUUUCCCUGAUGGCUGGUGUUCUCGUUUGCUAAUACUGCCAGAAUGCAAAACAUCAGAAAUGAAUUGUCUUUUAUAAAGGGGUUUUAUUUUGUUACAAAGUUAUAGUCUUAAGGCCAUGAAAGUGUCCAAAUUAAGGCUUCAG